AUGCCUGAGAAUUCUGGGAGAUUUGCCAUCCAGGGGUUCAACCUGGUCAAACUGCUGAAACGGUUGGAGGAUGCCACCGCGAGAUUGGAGGAUGUGACGAUCUACCAGGAGGGGUACAUCCAAUCCAAGAUGAAUGAGAGACAGUCCAAUGCCUCGCUUGUCAACGGGUCGAAGCCGGAGUCUCCAGUGGACCGCACAGCUACGCGGGAGGCAUCAAAGGGCGCCGAGCAACAAGAGUUGUCCCAGGAUAUCCUAGAGUUCCAAAACUUUGUUAGGGAGAAUGUUGACGCGUUGGUGGAACUGUCCAAGGCUAUUGAUCCUGCAGUGUUGGAAUGUGUUCAACUGUACAAGGCAGGCUUUGAGAAAUUGCAAGUUAUUAUCGAGGCGUCGCAUUUGGCGAAGAAACCGGAUUUCACCGCGCAGAGUUUCUUCUCCAUGUUGAGUCCAAUUAACGAUGUUGUCAACAAGAUUGACAAGUUGAAGGACGCUCAUCGCCAGAGCAAGUUCUACCCGUAUUUCAAUUCCAUAAGGGAGAGCGCCCCACUAUUCUUCUGGUUUACCGUGAACACACCAGUCUCGGCAAUUUCUGAUUUCAAAGAUGCGUCCCAAUACUGGACUAAUAAAGUGUUGAAGGACUUCAGGGACUCUGACCCUGUAUCCGUCGAAUGGGUCCGGAAAUUCCUGGCCAUAUUUGACCAAUUGAAGGACUACGUCAAGGAAUAUUUCGCCACUGGGUUAACCUGGAACGAAAACGGGGUCGAGUUGUCCGAUGCCAUUGCCCAGACGUCUGGUACUCCUGAUGCCAGCGAGGCGGCACCAGCCACCGGGUCAGGGGCCCCACCUCCACCCCCACCUCCAGCACCACCAGCCUCCGUUUUCGAAGUGAAGGCUGAAUCUAAGGAUCAACCAGCGGCGUCGUCGUCUGCUGGUGGUAUCGAUGCUGUAUUUGCGGAGUUAAACCAGGGUGAGGAUAUUACGAAGGGUUUGAAGAAAGUGGAUAAAUCGCAACAGACUCACAAAAACCCUGAAUUGCGCACAUCCUCCACUGUCCCAGCGUCAGGUUCCGCCAGCAAGACAGGUCCACCACCUAAACCAAAGAAACCUUCCACAUUAAAGACCAAGAAGCCUCCCAGAAAGGAGCUGUCAGGGAACAAGUGGUUUAUCGAGAACUUCGAGGGACAAGAGGAGAAGAUCGUCAUUCAAGCACAAAAGGAUGAAUCUGUGUUUGUUGGUAACUGUACGAACGUCCUUGUCCAAGUCGAGGGGAAAGUCAACGCCGUGUCCUUGAGCGAGACGGAGUCCUGCUCUCUGUUGUUGGACUCUUCCAUCUCUGGAGUGGACUUGGUCAAAUGUAACAAAUUCGGUAUCCAAGUGGAGAGUUUCGUACCUCAGAUCACCAUCGAUAAGUGCGAUGGCGGUAACAUCUACUUGUCGAAAGACUCCCUAACCACAGAUAUUUGCACUUCGUGCUCUACUUCCGUCAACGUGAACUUACCCGUCGGCGAAGAUGACGAAUACGUUGAGUUCCCUAUCCCUGAGCAACUAAAGCACAGUUUCGCAAACGGGAAGAUGAAUUCUGCAGUGUUAGAGCAUGUUGGUUAA